GCAGAGGGCAGCAAAUCUAAAUAAUGUCAAAAUAUGAACAUCAGUGUGCACCAGAUCUGUGCUUGGGAUGAGGGCGCUUUUACAGCGCAGGGGCAGGACAGGGCAUAACUGUUAAUGUGUUUGCGGCUAGUCAAUGAUUGGCAAGUAGAACAACUACAGUACCCAAUAUUAAUACAAUAUUUCUGCGAGCGCGAUUGGUUCACUGUUCCAUUUGUAGUCCCAUAGCGCCCCUUGGUGUACGACCAGGGAUCUCAUUCUGUGUUCUAGAAACUGCAUAACAUUAAAGCUUUGCUUUCUAGUGUGUCGAGCUGUCUUAGAUCAAAAUGCCAAUGGAUCUUGGUCAGUGGAACGGACCUCUUGCUCUGCAGGAGGUGGAGGAGAGACCUGCACAUGCCUUAUCCGUCAAGUAUGGCUCCCUUGAAAUCGACGAGUUGGGGAAAGUACUCACGCCUACCCAGGUGCAGAGUUGCCCCACAUUCGUGCAGUGGGAAGGCAGUGACUCCAGUAAGCUGUACACCUUGGCUCUGACAGACCCUGAUGCACCAAGAAGAAAAGACCCCAAAUUCAGAGAGUGGCAUCACUUCCUGGUAGUGAACAUGAAGGGAAAUGAUGUGUCCAGUGGGUGUGUCCUGUCUGACUACGUGGGCUCUGGCCCUCCCAAAGGCACAGGGCUCCAUCGCUAUGUCUGGCUGGUGUACGAGCAGGCUUCCAGCCUCUCCUGCAGUGAGGCCAUCCUCACCAACCGUUGCGGGGACAACCGCGGAAAGUUCCAGAUCAAGAGUUUCCGGCAGAAGUACGGGCUGAGGGCCCCCGUGGCAGGCACCUGCUACCAGGCGGAGUGGGACGACUACGUCCCCAAGCUGUACGAGCAGCUGGCUGGGAAAUGAGAGACUGACCACAACUUUUUGAGAUGUUGCCUCUGAGUCAGCCAGAUGCAGGAACACCAAACGAUGAUGCCUUUUUUUGUUUUGUUUUUGCUGGAGUGCCACUCAGUAUUUCGUGUCUCAUUUCCCACCUAACUACAGGGUUGUUCAUGCUGAGCUGUUAUCUAUAACACAGCUGAUCACAAUAAAACUCACAGAAGUAA